GAAGAACUUGUCCUCAAAUGAUAAAUACACAAUCCGGCUAAAUCAGCCAGAAGCUAAAAAAAUUAAAUGAUUCGCUCGCUUUUCAGUUUUUUUUUUUUAAUUUUAUUUUUAUGAUUAUUUUACAAAAGCCAAUCGAGUUAAACAAACGCACUUUAAACAACUAACUAAACCACACCACAUCCUCCACAACUAACAACCAAAAAAAAAAUAAAUAUAGAAAAAAAUCUGCUAAAGACAGUUUUCAGUUGGCGAUUGUGUUUGUGUUGUUGUUUUUUAUUUUUUGUUUCAGAUACCGAAACAAUCGAAAAAGUAUUAGAGAAAGCAGUCACUCUGAUUCAGAGUUAAAAUUAAAGAAACGGAAAAGAUAAAAGUUUUCCUCCAACUCCAUAAAAGGAAAAAAAGUUUUGCAGAGUUUUUAGUUUAAAUACUAAAGGCCAUGAAAUUGUUAAGAGUGUUGGAAUUGUUGAGUGCAACUUUGCCGCUUGUGUUUCUUUUAAAUUUGUCCUCUUCUAAUAAAGUGGCAGCAUUAACGAAAUAUGUAAACGACAUUGAUUUCUAUAACGCCUCUAGUGCCCAUGUGGGUGGAUGUGGUGUCACUUUGGAUUUAGAUGAGAAUAGUAGCAGGGUAACAAACUCUACAACACGAGUAUUAAACAACAUGAAUGGCACAGCUCAUUCUAGGGGUAAACGUUUUAUUGCUUUUCCAGUUGGUUCAUCAUUUUCGACUGCCGUUUGUUUGACAACUGGUGUUGUUGGAAAUCCUGAUUAUCGAUAUUUAAGUAUGGGUUUAAAUUGGGGAAUUGCUUAUGAAUUACCAAACACAACAUGGGUGCUUCAACAUGCCAAUGGCUUUGGUCCCAAACAUAAAGAGAAGGUUGCUAGUCCACAAAUAAAGCGUAGACAUCGUCGUGAUCUGUAUGGAAAAUUGGAAACUCUAAUAAAUGGAACAAGUUCAAAUAUGGCUAAAACAGUCAUGUCUAAUGUAUCAUACCCGUCCUCGUUGUCUUCAACAUCUGCAACCUCAUCUUUGUGUCCCAUAUUAUUGUCAUCAUCAUCAACAUCACCAUCAUUAUUAUUGCAGAAGCAGCAACGUUUACUUUCUCGUCCAAAACGUUAUCUUUCAUUUCCGGAAGGAUCAUCAUUUUCCGUUGCUGUUUGUUUUACUGUGGGCAUUAUUGGUAAUCCCAGAUACAACUACAUGAGCUUUGGCCUAAAUUGGGGAGUAGCAUACGACUUACCCAAUACCACAUGGAUUCUAAAUCAUUUGCAUGGUUUUGCCAAAAGACCCAUACCUGUAGCCGUAUGGCACAGACGAUCGAAGCGUUCUUUAUAUAAAGAAAUUGAAAAUGUAGUUAAUAACAUGGGCUAUAAUGGACGCGACUGUAUAUUAAGAGCUUUAUGCGAAAGUCGGCAAUAUUUUCAAAAAACCAAAAUGGGCAUGAUUGGAGAAAUGUUAAGAGUUAUUUUUAGUCUACCCAAACAGCGCUUAUUUACAAGGGAAUUAAGUGAAAAUCCAGAUAUUGGCUUAUACGAUGGCGCCUAUCGGAAAGCUCGUUCUAUUAGUGACUGUUCCGAACAAUACGAUUGUGAUUUCUCAUUACUGGAAUUGGCAUUUGGUAAAUACUCCACCCCUCCUAUUGGAUACUAUACUAAACAUUAAAUUUAAUAUUUAAAAUGUUUUUGUAAUUCUACCAAAAUUUGUACCAAUUCUAAAAAUAAAAUGAACGAAUUCUGAAAUUAUUGUAAA